UGGUAAGGUAGUUGAAACCUCCGCCCACUUUCGAUGAAUCCAAGAAUUCCAUUCUAUUUUCCUCCCAAAUCACACUCGAAAAACCACUCCACUUUCACAUCUCUCUUCUUUCUCUCUCACAUACGCACAGGAAAACAAUGUCUCAGCUCCUCCACACCACUUUCGUCCCCACCACGUCCCCCUCCCUACGUCGCCCACUAACCCGAACCGCCCACAACCCGACCUGGGCCCUCCAAAUCCACUCCAAGAUCCGAGAAAUUUUCAUGCCGGCGUUGAGCUCCACCAUGACGGAGGGAAAAAUAGUCAGUUGGAUCAAGUCGGAGGGGGAGAAGCUCUCCAAGGGCGAUUCGGUGGUGGUGGUGGAAUCCGACAAGGCGGAUAUGGAUGUCGAGUCCUUUUACGAUGGGUACCUCGCCGCCAUUAUGGUGGAGGAGGGACAUUCUGUUCCCAUUGGUUCCCCCAUUGCCCUUCUUGCUGAAUCGGAAGAUGAAAUCGCCGCGGCCCUAGCCCAGAAAACCUCCUCCUCCUCCGCCAUCACCACUCCCAACCCGGCUCCAGCCCCCGCCCCAGAUAGUAUUACUAGUGAUGAUACUCCCAGUGCCAUUACAAGUGCAAAUGUUAGUAGCAGAAGCUCUGUUGCUAAUGGUGCAAUGGGGUCCUCAGUGCACCCUGCAUCCGAAGGGGGGAAAAGGGUCAUGGCAUCGCCAUACGCGAAGAAAUUGGCAAAGGAAUAUGGGGUGGAUUUGAUUGGACUAGUGGGGAGUGGACCUAAUGGGCGGAUAGUGGCGAAGGAUGUGGAGGAGGCUGCAGCUGCAAAAGCAAGUGCAGGUGGUGCUAGUGAGGCUGCUAAGUCGAGUACUGUUGGUGCUGCUUUGGAACUGGGAUCGGUGGUUCCAUUUACAACAAUGCAGAGUGCAGUGAGUAGGAAUAUGUUGGAGAGUUUGGCUGUGCCGACGUUUAGAGUGGGGUAUACAAUUACCACAGAUGCGCUGGAUGCUUUGUACAAGAAGAUCAAGUCGAAGGGAGUGACCAUGACUGCAAUUCUAGCGAAGGCAACAGCGCUUGCACUGGUUAAGCAUCCCAUUGUGAAUUCUAGUUGUCGAGAUGGUAAGAGCUUUACAUACAACAGCAGUAUCAACAUUGCGGUUGCUGUUGCCAUUGAUGGUGGUUUGAUUACACCGGUGCUUCAAGAUGCUGACAAAAUUGAUAUAUAUUCCUUAUCAAGAAAGUGGAAGGAGUUAGUUGAUAAGGCACGAGCAAAACAACUGCAACCUCACGAAUAUAAUACAGGCACGUUUACCCUAUCUAACCUUGGAAUGUUUGGUGUUGACCGUUUUGAUGCCAUCUUACCUCCAGGAACUGGUGCAAUAAUGGCUGUGGGUGCAUCUCAACCCACUUUGGUUGGUACAAAGGAUGGUCGGAUUGGCCUGAAAAAUCAAAUGCAGGUAAAUGUAACUGCAGAUCAUCGUGUGAUAUAUGGCGCUGAUCUGGCAGCUUUCUUGCAAACCUUGGCCAAGAUAAUCGAGGACCCUAAAGAUCUCACUCUUUAGUUUCAUAUCGACACGGGAGGUUCAUGUUUUUGUUAGCUUAUUAGCUUUUCAACUAGUGCUCGAUGGAAUAACCUUGUCGAAGAAUUCAGAAGUUGAUCUCCUUCGGAAAAAGCUGGAAUUUGUUUUCUCGAGUUAAAACUGUUAAAUAGUUGCAUUCUCAUUCAUAGUUGUCUUCAUUAAGUGCUUUUUGUUGUUUCAUCGGUUCAUUAUAGAGUUUUGGCUAAAUUUGUUCAGUCGAUUUUAUUUCGCUUGGCCUGUCGAAGAAACUUGUGACACUGAAAUUGAGUCUCUUUUGAUUCAGUUAUAUCUUUCAUUUUCAAACCAUCAUGUGAUGCCUCUUGUAGCUGGUAUCAAAUGAAUUUAUAUGAUAGUUAAAAUGAUUGGUUUGGUAA